ACCAUCAAAAAUAUCAAAAAUCAAAAUGGUGAUCUCAUUGUUCCUAUUUCCAUCAACACCUUCCUUGUUCAUCAAUGCAAUGUCUAUUUUCAACCUGUUGGCCCUCAUUACUUCCGGUUACAUGGAAAUGAUAGGCAAAAACAAGCAGUACGCUAAGUUCUGUGAUGCCUCUGAUUCAAACAAACAAAAAGACAAGGAGAAAUGUAAGCUGCCCAGUAGAAUCGGGAUGCUUAUGUUCUAUACACCAUCGUUCCUCGUGGGUCUUGUCUCUUUUGCUUUUUUUCCACAUCAAGAUCCUCGAUUUGUUAUGGUUAUAUCUGUACUCACCAUUCAUUUCUUCAAGAGGAUCCUUGAGGUUCUGUUCGUUCACAAGUUUAGCGGAUAUAUGAUGCUUAACGUUUCCAUAACAAUCAGUUUAAGCUAUGGUGUGUCAAUUGCUACAAUGAUUUACGCCCAAUAUUUAUCUCAAGAAUCUUCUGAACCUGCUUUCGAUCUCAAAUACGUUGGACUUGGAAUGUUCUUGAUUGGAAUAAGUGGAAACUUUUACCAUCAUUACAUUCUCUCAAGCCUAAGAAAGAAAGCAGAUAGAGAGUAUAAAAUCCCAAAAGGUGGUUUGUUCCAUUUCGUUAUAUGCCCACACUAUAUGUUUGAAAUUGUGGAGUUCGUAGGAGUUUCAUGCAUUUGUCAGACGGGAUUUUCGUUUUGUUUCACUUUGGGCACUGUGUUCCUGUUGAUGGGGCGAAGCUAUGCGACAAGAAAAUGGUAUGUUUCAAAGUUUGGUGGAAGAUUUGGGAAGGAUAUCAAGGCUUUAAUCCCAUACUUAUUUUAGGUAUUUGUCGUUUAAGUGUUGGGUGUUAGUGAUAUGUCUGUCGAUGCAAAGUAUUCGAUAAUCUCUUGCAACAAAAAAAGUCGUCUCUGUAUGGC